CAAAAGACCGAUGAAGCCGAUAGACGAGAAGAAGGAAAAGGUGGUGUUUCGAGCGGUGAGCGCCGACGAAGAAGGCCGGAAACGAGUGGAGAAGACGGAAGUGGAAACCCACAACCUGGAUACUCUGAAACACAUAGAGAAGAAGCUGAUCGAUAAGGGUUUGCACCGCCUUGACCGCCACCCACGCGACGGAGCUCCGAUCGACAAGCAACCGAAAGGCGGGCGUGGAGGCAAGUAUACAUGGGAUGGUCCUGGUGGAAUGGUGUCGGACGAACUGGACCCUGUUCCGGCGGCAGUGGACGAGAAGGAUCCCAACUAUGAAAGUGAUGAUGAUGAGGAGGAGAAGGUGGUGGGGAGAGGCGGCGGUAGGUUGAUGAUAGGGAGGGUGGAGGUGGAGGUGGGGAAGGGGAAGGUGGCGGAGGAAAGGAGAUUGGGAUCCAAAUCCAGUUGA